AUGCCGCAUCGCGCUGCCGCCACCGCCACCGCCACUGCUUCCUCCCCGGACACGGCCGGCACCAGCCUGGCCUCCCUGGAGCUCGACUCGGCGGCCAUGGAGCACUACGUGCAGGUCCGCAUCUUCAAGAUCAUCGUGAUCGGCGACUCGAAUGUGGGCAAGACGUGCCUGACAUUCCGCUUCUGCGGCGGCACCUUUCCCGACAAGACCGAAGCCACCAUCGGCGUGGACUUCAAGGAGAAGACGGUGGAUAUCGAGGGCGAGAAGAUCAAGGUACAGGUGUGGGAUACUGCAGGCCAAGAACGGUUCCGCAAGAGCAUGGUGGAACAUUACUACCGAAAUGUGCAUGCUGUGGUCUUUGUCUAUGAUGUCACCAAAAUGACUUCCUUUAUCAACCUGAAGAUGUGGAUCCAAGAAUGCAAUGGGCACGCUGUCUCCCCACUUGUCCCCAGGGUGCUUGUGGGCAACAAGUGUGACUUGAGGGGACAGAUCCAGGUACCCUCUAGCCUGGCUUUGAAAUUUGCCGAUGCUCACAACAUGCUCUUGUUUGAAACAUCAGCCAAGGACCCCAAAGAGAGCCAAAAUGUGGAGUCGAUUUUCAUGUCCUUGGCCUGCCGUUUGAAGGCUCAGAAAUCACUGCUGUACCGAGAUCUGGAGAAGCAGCCAGGGAAGGUGCAGAAACUGGAGUUCCCACAGGACCCAAAUAGCAAAACUUCCUGUCCCUGUUGAAGUCCAAUGGUUUCAGAUGAGCUAUUAGUACAAUUUCUCCCCCUUUCCUGUGACUCCACCAAACUGAUGAACACAGCUUGUUUCUGUACAAGUUGACAUUAAAAUAUGAUUUGUAUAGAUUA